UUUGGCAACACUGCUGCAUGAGUUCAUGGUGUGGUUUUGUUAUUUGUUGGUUUAUAAUCUUAAAUUUUUUUAUGGUUACUCAUAUUCAGCUAUCGUACGAUUUCUUGAAGAUAUAGACCUUUAAAUUUGAAGAAAUUAUACAAUUCACAGCUUCUUUCUGUGAAGAUAAAAGAGCAAGAUGAAUGACUUGGACAAGCAACUGGCCAAAUUGGCUUUGAUGAAUAGGGCUGACCUACCUCCUAAUUACCCACAAUCAUCCUCUGGAAGGAGAGCAGCUCCGGCGGUUCCUCCAAAACCAAAGAAAAACCAACCUCAGGUACCUCAGUCUUAUCCUCUGAAACAAUCAGUCGAGCCUAGCUAUUCUUCACGUUUACGAACAAAUCAAUUCUAUUCUAAUAUACCACCUCCAAGCCCCCAAUCACACUAUUCAAACAUGCCUACACUUCCUUCGAACACAAAAUUUUCAUCUUCAAGACAGGUGGAUAGUACCUACGCUAACUUACCAACCGAUAGUGAUCAGGCAAGUCAGUAUUCUAAUCUUCCAAGAAGCGUAUCUGCAAUGAGUAAUGUUUCUAAUUUAUCCAGACAAGGAAAUUAUGGAUCCAUUUCUUCACAAGUUCCCAGUGUUUACAGUUCCAAGCAGGAUUCUUUACCAAGGCAAACUAUGGGCCCAAAAGGUUAUUCUAAACAUGGUCAAGUCACUUACGGCAAUGUCCAGCAAUCUAGAAACAAAGAUGAUCUAAGGUAUAGCAACUUAAUGCACGCCUCUAGAGAAGGACCCAAUGUUUAUAGUAAUUUCUCACAAAAGAGUGGCGCUUAUCCUCAUGGUGAUGAUCUACCUCCUCCACCCCCACCUAUAGAUAUGUCUACAGGUCUUCCAGACUAUACUAUAUGUACGGUAAACACUAACUUACCCCCUCCUCCUGAAGAUUUGCUGCCUCCACCUUCACCUGUCAGUUCAAGUUACAGUGAACUGAGAAGAGCUAUUCGACCAGUACAGGACUAUUCUAAUUACAGUGUAGGACCUCAGUAUGGAGACAACGAUUCAUUGUAUGGAUUUUAUCCCACUUCAGAGGCAUCUUCAUCGUAUGAAUCCAUCUAUGAACCCAUAAACCCCCGUCCGCCCAGUCAGAUGUCUUCUAGAUCAAAUUAUUCAUUGUAUGCUCCUUAUGUGAGCGGAAAUAGUAGUACUAUGACGGGCCCCAGUCAGUCAGUGAGCAGGAUUGGACAAAAUAAAGAACAAGAAGUAGACAGUUUGACUGAUCUCCUGGUGCAGGGAAUGAGCAGAAGGGAGGACGAUUCUGACCAGGACGAUGUAUACGGAACCUGUGUUAAGUGCGGGGAAAAGAUUAUUGGUGAAAAUAGUGGCUGCACAGCUAUGGAUCAACUCUAUCACACGAGAUGUUUCACUUGUCAUCAUUGUGCUAUAAAUCUUCAAGGAAAACCUUUUUAUGCCAUUGGUGGUAAACCUCACUGUGAAGAAGACUACUUGAAUACAUUAGAGAAAUGUUGCGUUUGUCAUAGUCCAAUUUUACACAGAAUUUUGAGGGCUACUGGGAAGCCAUACCAUCCUAAAUGUUUCUGUUGUGUUGUUUGCGGGAAAAGUUUGGAUGGCAUUCCUUUCACUGUCGAUGCUACUAAUCGUGUGCACUGUAUAGAAGACUUUCAUAAUAAAUUUGCCCCAAAGUGUUGGGUUUGUAAGAAGCCUAUAAUGCCUCAACCAGGGGAAGAAGAAACUGUGAGAGUGGUAGCGAUGGACCAUAGCUUCCACAUACAAUGUUACAAAUGCGAGGUAAUCCAAGUGAUGUAUUUUCUUUGUACCAUCUGAAUUGACAUAGAAGUAGGUUGUAAAU